AUGCAGCCAGAGUUUACAAUCGAGGUGCCAUCGGCUGACGCGGAAGCCCCCAUCAAGGCGGGGCAGGGCCCCGCCGCCAGCGACUUCACGCUGUCACUGCUGUCUGACCUGGAGCGCCAGCUGGGCGAGGAUGCGGCGGCGAUGGAUGCAGAGCGCGAGCCCACCGCGCCCACCUCGCACCACACCGCCGACGUGCCGGCCCCCGACACGCAGCUGACAGACGCCACGCCCGAGGCGCCCGCGGGGCUGGCGGCGGCCGCGGCGGACGGCAGCAGCGCCGCGCCGCUCGGCGCGCUUCCGCCGACGUUGGCGGCAGGGGUGGCGGGGGCGGGCGCCGGCGGCGCCACGCCUACCGUGCCGGCUGCCGUUGCCGCCGCCGGGGGCAGUCCCGGCGGGGAGGAGGAGGAUGAGCUGGCGGCCAACCUGCUUUCCAACAUGGCCUCCUGGCAGACGGAGCUGGACACUUUCCAGUCCGCGCUGCGGGCGUGCAUGGAGUCGCGGCCCGUGCCGGGCGCCGUCCAGGGCAGCCCCUCCACCGUGGACGAGUCGGGGCGCGGGGCCGCGCGCCUCAUGCACAGCGGGCCCAAGGGCAUCACCGGCUUCCGCGGCGUCACGCAGCACAAGCGCACCCGGCGGUACGAGGCCAACGUAUGGAUGGACCACAAGCAGAUGUACCUGGGCGCCUUUGACGUCCCCGAGCAGGCGGCGCACGCGCACGACAUUGGCGCGCUGUGCAGCGGCAAGGCGCGGGCCGAGGCGCUCAACUUCCCGCUCACCGACUACGACGCCCUCAUGCCCAUGCUCUACUCGCUGCCCCAUGCGCAAGUGGUGUCCUCGCUGCGCGGCUACGGCCGGCUGCCCACCGCGCGGCCCCCCGGCGGCAUCAGCAGCGGCCGCCUGUACAGCUCCCCCUCUGCGCGGGGCGCGUCCACCUCAGCGCGGCGCGCCCGCAGCGUGGACACAGACGACAGCGACGAGGGGGUGGAGGCGCCGCCGCGGCCGCGUCCCCGUCGCGCCCGCAAGGUCUCGGCCAGCCCCGCCAGCCGCAGCGCGGCUGCGCUGCCGCCACUGCCGCCCGCGGACUGGCAGGCGGGGCUGCAGCUGCCCGCCCAGCAGCAGCAGCAGCAGGGGGUUAAGGCGGAGGUGGAGGCGCCGCCGCCGGGUGUGGCGCCGGUGGCCGCUGCGACGGGCGGGGAGGGCGCCAAGAGCGAUGCUGCCUCGCUGGCGGCAGCGCAGCAGGCGCAGCUGCAGGCCCUGUCGGCAGCGCUGAUGGGAGGGGCGCAGGCGACCUCGCCGCUGGCGGCAGCAGCGGUCCCGGAGCCGGCGCCGGCGGCUGGUGGCAUGGCGACCGCGGCAGCGGCGCCGCCCCCGCCGCUAGCUGGCGCGCGCAACCCGCUGCCACCGGCCGCUGCGCCCUUCUCGGCGGGCGCCAGCGCUCUGGGCGCCUUUGAGAGCGCCCUGUGGCGCACCAUGGCCAUCUCCCACACCCUGCCUCGCCCCGAGGGCGUGCAGGAGGGCGCCUCGCACCGCCCGCUGCACAGCGGGCCCAAGGGGCAGAGCGGCUUCAAGGGGGUCACGCUCUACAAGCGGUGCCAGCGCUACAACGCGCACAUCUGGCUGGGCAAGCAGACGCACAUAGGCACCUUCCACACCGCGGAGCAGGCCGCUGUGGCGCACGACGUCAUGGAGCUGUGGCGCAACGCCGCCGCCCAGGGCCUCAACUUCGCCAACACCGGCUACGCAGACCUGCUGCCGCUGCUGGGCCCGCUGUCAGAGGCCGACGCGCUGUGCGCGCUGCGCAACUACAGCCGCUCGCCCAGCGCCGCCGCCGCCGCCGCCGCCUCUGGCGCCGCCUCCCACGUGCCUGGGCGGUCGCGCGUGGCGGGCGGCCCUCGCCAGCCCGCGCCCUCUGCGGGAGCCAGCACCAAGUCUGCUGCCCCCGAGCUGGCCGCGCCGCCGCCCCCGCCUCCCUCGCUGCGCCGCCGCCACCGCAAGCCGCAGCACGGCGGCGGCGGCGGGUCGGGCAACAAGUCUGACAGCAGCAGCGGCGGCAGCGUGCCAGCUCAGCGCCAGACGGCCGGCUCCCUCAUGUGGUACAUGCUGGAGCAGGAGAAGUCUGCUGACGAUGAGUUUGGCGGGGAGGAGGAGGAUCCCGACUUCUCGCCCGAGGAUGGAGAGGAGGAGUGGCAGGAGGAGCAUGCGCGGGAGCGCCACAGCUCGCCCAGCGGCGAGCCUCUGGGCUUCCAGCCGCGCGGCACGCGCAGCGUGGCGGCGGCGCUGGCUGGGCAGCUGCCGCCGGAGCAGGCCGUGGUGGGGGUGUCCAUGCGCGGCCAGGCCGCCUGGUUUGGGCGGCUGGACCGGCAGCGCACGGCGGUGGCGGCAGACGUGGUGCUGCUUUGGCGCCGCCUGGCGCUGGCUGCCGCGGGCGAGGAGGACGACAAGGAUGCGGCCACCGCCUUCAACUGUCCCGCCGCCUGCUACGAGCAAGAUGCCGCGCUGUCGCCGGGGCAGCUGUGCCAGUUCAUGGCCGCCGUCAUCCCGCAAGACCCGCCCGCCGCUGGCGCGCCCGGCACGGCUGGGGCGGGAGCGGCGGCGGCAGCCCUGAUUGCUAUCCCCAGCAGGCUGCCGUCCAAGGGGGCAGCUGCGCCGGUGGCGGCAGCGCCCACCCCCGCGCUGGCGCCUGGCGUGCUGCUGGGCGCUCGCAAGCGCAAGCAGCAGGCGCUGCUGGAGGAGGCCCGUGCUGCCAAGCUGCAGCACAUGGGCCCGGCCCCAGCUGCAGCGGCUGCCGCUGCCGCCCCGGCUGCGGCGCCCCAGCCGACAGCAGGCGGCGGCGGGGCGGCCGAGCAGCCGCAGGGGGCGCUGGCGGAGGCCGCGGCGGCAGUGCAGCAGGCGGACCCAUCCAACUCUGACGGCAUGCUGGCGGCGCUGCAGCAGCUGGUGGCUGCGGGCAAGGGCGGCAGGCUGCUCCAGGAGGUUGUGGAGGGGUGGGGCGGCUACCCGCUGAUGCAGCAGCAGGACCUGUUUGGCUGCCUGCGCUUCCCUGUCUGCAACGGCGACUGGGACCAGCUGGAGGGGCGGCUGCAGGUGGCCCUGGACCUGGCCUCCCUGUUCUAA